AUGGAGAUACAUUUAGAGAGGACAAUAAAGGUUAGGAAAGGACACCUCGACACGAAUAUAUCCUUCACGUACAAAUUCUACGAGCCAAUGCAUUCCUUCAAUAAAGCAACAUUUGUUAUGGAGGGUUGUUCAAGCAGAGAAAAUACAGAGAAAUUCGUUCUAAUAACGGGAUUUAUCGACUUGAAGAGCAAGACAUAUCGCAAAACGCUCGGAAACCUAGCUGUAGCGUCCGAGGAAAACAACGCACAGAUUGAAGCAAGGCUUAUGGAAGUUGUUGAUGUUUUGCAGUCGAAUCUUAAUUAUGCAUUGAUCGACGAGAUUCACGUUUUAGUCAGAGACCGGGAGACUGCCGAAUACCUGCAUUCGCUUCCUUUAAAGCGAAGUGAGAGGCUCGUUCUUCGAGUAGUUAACGAGGACGUUGGACUUAAAUGUCAAUUGCUUUAUGCUGCAAGAUGUCUUCCUGGCCAGUUAGUUGCAAUUACCAACCAAGAUAACAAAAUAGGCAAAGGAUGGGAUCUGCCCUGGCGUCAAGUUAUCAGAGACCCUCGACCAGUUAAAGGUGAGAUCGUUGAUGUUACUUCUGUCAGCAAUGUCAAUAUCAAUUUUGUAUCGGAUAAGGAAACUAAUGUGUUUAAUGAUAAGGCCAGUUUACAGGAUCAGAUCCACAAACUAUGGGAUUUAGAUUCUGUCGGAAUACGGCCUACAACUGAUGUUCAUGAAGAUAUUGUGGAUAAUAUCGAAUUUACAGGCGAGCGUUACUCGACUAAAUUGCCAUGGAAGGAAGCCCAUAAACCCCUUCCAACUAAUUACGGUGUCAGUGUAGCGAGAUUAAAGGGGCAAUUAUCUAAACUCAAGAAAAGCCAUGAAGUAUUGCAAGAGUAUGACAAUAUUAUUAAGGACCAGCUUGAGAGGGGGAUUAUAGAGAAGGUUGUAGGUUUAGAUAAUUCUAGCAAUGUUCAUUAUUUACCACAUCAUGCUGUUAUAAGGGAGGAGGCAGAGACCACCAAAUUGCGUAUUGUUUACGAUGCAUCGUGUAGAGAAAAACACAAUGGUACUUCUUUGAAUGAUUGUUUACACGUAGGCCCGUCCUUGAAUCCGUUGCUUUUUGAUCUUCUUGUCUCUUGGAGACAUCACCAAGUCGCCUUAGUCGCCGAUAUUGAGAAAGCCUUUUUAAACAUAGAAGUGCAUCCUGAAGACAGGAAUUGUUUACGUUUUUUGUGGGUUAAUGACAUAAAUUCCCAGUCGCCAUCUAUUGAGACGUAUCGUUUUAAUAGAGUAGUUUUUGGAGUAAAUUCAUCUCCAUUUUUACUCAAUGCUGUUUUACGUCAUCAUAUUGACAAAUAUAUAGAGGUCGAUCCGCAAUUUGUAUCACAUGUAAGAAAUGAAUUUUACGUAGAUGACCUAGCAUCAGGAGCUAAGAAUGUAACAGCAGCGCUGGAAUUGUAUUAUAAGGUUAAGAACAGGAUGGCUGAAGGAGGUUUUCAUUUACGCAAAUGGAAAACUAAUGAACCCGAAGUCGCGAAGGUUAUUGAAUCUGAGGUUAUUCAGGAGUUGAAUUUUAAGACAAAAGAAUGCGACAAUUCGUAUGCGAAAACCAUCUUGAAUGAGGGAAAGGAUAUUGAUUCCUCAUGUAAAGUUUUAGGGAUUCAUUGGAAUCAACGUGAAGAUACCUUGCAAUUCGAAUUUUCGAAAAUUGCAUCCGAACUACUGGGUAAGAAAGUAACCAAGCGUGAAAUAUUAAGUUUUCUUGCCAAAACUUUUGACCCGUUAGGAGUUCUUUCGCCUAUUCUGAUUAAUGGGAAAUUUCUUUUUCAGGAAUUGUGUGUCGAAAAUAUUGGGUGGGACGACGAGUUACCCCCUGAUAAAUUAGAGCGUUGGAAUAAUUGGUUAAGUUCAUUAAUUAAUGUGGGCUCUAUUGUUAUUCCCAGAUGUUUGUAUGGGAAGAAUGCUGAGAAAAUUUUGCAUUGUUCCCUACAUGGUUUUGCUGAUGCGUCUUUAAAGGGUUAUUGUGCUACCGUGUAUUUUGUUUAUGAAGCUAAGGAAGGAGUUUUCAGUCAGCUAGUAUGUUCAAAAACCAGAGUAGCACCAUUGAAAGCUCUUUCUAUCCCGCGUUUAGAAUUAAUGUCUGCUAGAAUUCUCGCAACACUAAUGAAAACUGUUUCCUCAGCCUUAAGUAGUUACUGUUAUAUAGAGGAAAGGUAUCUUUGGCUUGACAGUAAAACCGCAUUGUUUUGGAUAAAUAACAGAAAUGAAUGGAAACAGUUUGUGCAACACAGAGUGAAUGAAAUUUUAAGGUUAUCUUCAAGUGAAGAGUGGAGACAUUGUCCCGGUAAAGAUAAUCCAGCAGAUUUAGGAUCGCGUGGGGUUUAUGCUGAUACUUUGAAGGAUAGUGAGUUAUGGUGGCAUGGUCCAGACUGGUUAUGUCAGGAUAAGUCUUGUUGGCCGUCAAAUAUUGAUUUAGGUAGACCUUCUGAAGUAGAUGUGGAACGUAAGAAGGUUGUCAAUUCCAUGUUGAUUAGAGAGGAGAGUUCUAAGGAUAUUGAUCAACUCAUUGACAUUAAUAAGUACAGUUCGUAUGAUAAGCUUGUACGCGUUACUGCAUAUGUCUGCCGAUUCAUAAAUAAUCUUAAAGCUAAAAUGAACAAACAGGAAAAAUUAAUUGGAUCUGUAACUGUACCAGAAAUCUUGUCUGCGGAAAGGUUGUGGAUUAUUAAUGCGCAGGCAGUCUUGAAACAAGAUCCAAAAUUUGAAUUGCUUAAGAAACAGCUACGCAUUGAAGAGCAGAGUGGUAUUUUAAGAUGUGUAGGUAGACUAUCAAACUCUGAUAUGGAAUUUGAGAGCAAAUUUCCUAUAAUAUUGCCAAAGAACCAUCAUUUCACGGAACUCGUUGUUUUACAUGUCCAUGCGUUAAUGGGGCAUGAGGGUCUUCGUAUCACUUUAACGGAAUUAAGAUCUCGGUUUUGGAUUACUAAGGGGAGGCAAUUCAUUAAGAAGCUUAUCAAGCCUUGUAUAAUCUGUAAGAAAUUGGAGGGUAAGGCUUAUAAGGCACCACCUAUGGCACCGUUACCAGAUUUUAGAGUACAGGAGUCACCGCCUUUCAGCAAAGUAGGUGUUGAUUUUGCUGGACCGUUGUAUGUCAAGGGGUUAAAGGGUAAAACACGUAAAACGUAUAUCACCCUUUUUUCAUGCUGUGUAACACGUGCUUUACAUUUAGAAUUGGUGGAAGAUCUUACAGCUCAGUCUUUCUUAAGAUGCUUAAGACGAUUUACUGCUCGAAGAGGUACGCCAGAGUUAAUCGUAUCCGACAACGCAAAAACUUUUAAGGCAGCAGCCAAGUCUAUCAAUCGUAUAUUCAGAAAUAAAGAUAUGCAGCGGGAGUUGGAGUCAAGAAGAAUAGAAUGGAAAUUUAAUCUAGAAAGAAGUCCGUGGUGGGGUGGCAUGUUUGAACGAAUGGUUGGUGUAGUUAAACGUAUACUUAGAAAAAUUCUUGGCAAUGCUCUUUUGAAUAAGGAUGAAAUGCAUACUGUUUUAGUAGAAGUGGAAGGAAUUUUGAAUUCUCGACCACUGACGUACAUAUACGAGGAUGAUUUUAAUGUUGACAUACUAACACCGUCUCAUUUAAUGUUUGGUAGGAGAUUAUCACCUCUUGCAGAUCAUAUAGAAUUUAAUUAUUCUGAUGAUGAAACUUCGCAUAGUAAACGAUUCCUUUAUCUAGUUAGGAAAUUACAACAUUUUUGGAAGAGAUGGAGAACCGAAUAUUUGAGGGAACUACGUGAAAAGCAUAAUGCUGCUGGAGCCGACAAUUGUGACAUUCAUAAAGGAGACAUAGUAUUGAUAGAGGAUGAAAAUGUCAAAAGAAGUCAAUGGAAGAUUGGAAGAAUCGAAAGAUUAAUCGUCGGUAAGGAUGGUAAGAUACGGGGUGCUUCUGUAGUUAAGAUUUGCAAAGGUAAGCGAGAUUUACUUAAUAGACCAAUUACUAAACUUUAUCCUUUGGAGAUAACAGGGACAAGUGACGAAGUGGGGGAUAUAGGAAAUGGUGACAGUGAAAGAAAGGAAGUACGAAAUAGGCCUCGUAGAGCUGCAGCUGCCGACGCGCUAUGGCGGACCCGUCUUGUUUUUGACUCGGAGUGA